AUCACAACACAAACAAAUGCUCACGAUCUCAUCUGAAAGACAAUCGGUGGGGACACAGUUAACAAUUAUAUACGCUACAAUUUGUCUCAAUGAAACUCGAGAAACUCUAUGAUGGAGUUUCCGCGCUUCAAUGUGAACCCCGUCAUCUUUGAUGAUGACGUUCUCCUGCAACUGACAGGUGAUAAUCCAUGGUGACUAUCAGAGUUAGCACACACUCCAAAAAUUGGCAUAGUCCAACGCGAUAGUACACAGAGCUAAGAUGACCUAGGAAAGUUGGCCAGUCUGGGCUGAGAGGUUCUGGUUCAUCCACCUUACCGCCUGGAUUUUGCGCCGACUGAUUAAGAUAUAUUUUGCACCCUGCAGAAUCGUAUUGCCAAUAUACAAUUAAAUGAUUAUACCCAUGUAAAAACGAUGAAAUUUUCGUUAAAUUAACCAAGUCAUUCUACGCUUACGGGAUUGAAAGUUUGCAGCAAUGGUAGCGAGACGUGCUUGAUAUUUCAAAAUGUCUAAAUUUCAUCUUUAAUGCCUGAUAUAACUUUACCGUUAUAUCUUUUGAUCGUCAAGUUGAGAAAAUUGUACAUUUGUCUCCUGUCCGAAAACUUUCGUUAGGGGUUCCGUCCCAAGUUUUCACGAAAGCGCGAAAUCUCUCUUAUUCGCGAACCUCGCGGUAGCAGAAUAUUCCGAGUAAAGACAAAAGGACACGUCGACAGGCUGUCAACGAGAUUCUUCGACAGACGAUCGAAUCCGGAGGCUUCUAUAGUCUAGAUCGUCCGGGAGACUUCCUCCGAUUAGUCGACGUGGGAUUCUUGGCCGCUUCACGAAGCUGUGGCGUGACGCCUCGACUGCUGAGACACUUCCUCCUCUUCGAUUGUGUUCAACCCACCGACGACUGCCUGGAUCGCGUUUUCGGUGCAGUGGCGCAUUCCCACUUCAAUUCCGGGAAUGGCUUCUCUUCGGAGGUUCGACAGUUGGCGGAACGACUGGUAUCUCCAACGCGAGCACUCUGGAGGGAAAUGAAGGAUCGAAUCGCUCCAGUUCCCGGCUAUUUUUUCCGCUCUUUGGAACCGGGAGACCUUAGUCGAGUGUGGAAGGGAAUGGUUGAAGCCCGGUCGCGGGUGGUGACCGACGGCGGAGUUCUACUUCGUCUGUGGACACACGAGUGUCGUCGAGUACUGGUCGACGGGUGGACCGGGUCCGAGGAAGACUACGACUUCUCGGACGCGCUACGCCGAGUGUCCGAGGGACUGCCGGAGACUCUACUGCGAGAUCUGCCAGAGGACACUUACUUCGCCCACUUUCUGGGGGAGACAGCGGAAGGAUGUUGGGAAGAUCGGACCGAGACAGAGACCUCCGGUCUGUACGAACCGGUGCGGUGUUUCAGGACCCUGGAAGAGAGACUGAAGACGGCUUUGGCCGCCUACAACGAUUCUGUUCGGGGAACGGGAAUGGAUCUGGUCUUCUUCCAGAGAUCCGUCGUCGAUUUGCUUAAGAUCUCGAGAAUCAUAAGGAUGCCCGGGGAGAACGCUCUAUUGGUGGGAGUGGGAGGAUCGGGAAAACAGUCGCUGACUAAACUGGCCUGUUUCUUGGCAGAUUAUCAAAUUUUUCGGAUCGUUCCUACCGGAAACUACGGUCCUGGCAACUUCCUGGAAGACAUGAAGAAUUUGUUCAAGUCGACUGGAAUUCACGACAGACGGACGACCUUCCUCUUUUCUGAACGGGAUUCGAAAGACGAAAGUUUCGUGGAAUACUUGAACGACAUCCUGUCGACGGGCACGAGACUGGCCGAUCGAGCGGAAGAAUGUCGUCGAAAAGCGUCCACCGCCUCCGUUCUCCUUUCCGAGUUGGCGGGAGAAUUUGAGCGCUGGUCGCUGCAGAGCGAACAAUUCCGAGAUCGCAUCAACAGAGUGGCGGGAGACUCGUUGUUGGCCACGGCCUUUCUUUCCUAUUCGGGACCCUUCGACCGGAUCUUUCGAUGCCGACUGAUGGACGAAUGGCGACAAGAACUUAGAUCAUCGGAUGUUCCUUUCAGCCAGGACAUGGACGUGGUCCGGACUCUGGUCGACGAUUCUCUGGUCACUUCUGGUACUGUUAAAGCAUGCGAAACCUAUCAAUCUCAAUGCGAAGAGAAAUCGGAAAUUGUCCAAGAGGUGUCUUCAUCUCUGAAGCGAGACCAAUUGCGGAAUCCGGCCAGCUCGGAUACCGUCUUCGACCAUUUCCUGUCCAGAGCCAGAAGAAAUCUGCACGUUGUACUUCGUUUCUCACCGGCGGGAGAGAAAUUGCGCCGUUACGCCUCUCGAUAUCCAAAAAUCAUCUCGGCGUGUUCCGUUGUCGGAUUCCGGCCUUGGCCCCAUAGCGCCCUGAAGGUGGUGGCCCUGGAACGUCUAGACGGUUUCGACCCUCCUCUUUCGGAAGAUGCGCGACCCCGACUGGCGGAAGUCCUGGGUGGAAUCCAUCGAGUGACGGAAAGCCUCUGCGCUCGUUACCUGGAAAGGAGUGGUCGAACCGUACACGUGACGCCCCGUUCCUUUCUGAGCUUCUUAUCCGACUAUCGACGUCUCUACCGUCUUAAACGAGGAGAGGUGGAUUCGGCAGCUGAUCGGACCCGGCGGGGAGUGGCCAAGCUGGAAGAGGCGUCUGUCUCUACCGAAGAACUGAAACGGAAUCUGGCGAGGACGGAGGAAGAGUUGCUGGUGACCACUCGAGAGUCGUUGGAGGUGCUGGCUCGAGUGACAGAACGCACCCGGGCGGCUGAAGAAGUGAAGGAAGAGGCCCGUCGAAUGAGGGAGGAGCUGAAGUCUCUGGUGGACGGAAUUGGCAUCGACAAAGCCAUUGCCGAAGAGAAGUUAGAAGAAGCGGGACCGGCCCUGCGAGAAGCGGAAGCCGCUCUGGAUACCGUUCGCCCCACCCAUAUAGCCUCAGUGAGAAAACUGAGUCAUCCUCCUCAUCUUGUUAUGAGAAUCAUGGACUGCGUUUUGAUACUGUUCCAUCGAAGAUUACUUCCGGUGACGAUAGAUACCGAACAUCACUGCGUCGUUCCGUCCUGGGAGGAAUCGCUCAAGUUCAUGUCGAGUACGAGUUUCCUACAGAAUCUGCAGAACUUCGACAAAGACAGCAUCGACGACGAGACGAUAGAGCUACUGGCUCCUUACUUCCAAAAGAAAGAUUAUAACAUGAACACUGCCAGGAGGGUUUGCGGCGACGUGGCAGGUCUUCUGUCCUGGACCAAAGCCAUGGCUUUCUUUUAUGGCAUAAACAAAGAAGUCAUACCAUUGAAGGCCAACGUGCAGAUUCAGGAGGAGAGAUUGCAAGUAGCCACCGAAGAACUAAACCGAGUCGAAGCCGAUCUGCAAGAAAAGGAGAAGAAGUUGAGCGAAGUGAGAGCGCAGUACGAAGCGGCUCUAGCCGAAAAGAGGAGACUGGCCGAUCGAGCGGAAGAAUGUCGUCGAAAAGCGUCCACCGCCUCCGUUCUCCUUUCCGAGUUGGCGGGAGAAUUUGAGCGCUGGUCGCUGCAGAGCGAACAAUUCCGAGAUCGCAUCAACAGAGUGGCGGGAGACUCGUUGUUGGCCACGGCCUUUCUUUCCUAUUCGGGACCCUUCGACCGGAUCUUUCGAUGCCGACUGAUGGACGAAUGGCGACAAGAACUUAGAUCAUCGGAUGUUCCUUUCAGCCAGGACAUGGACGUGGUCCGGACUCUGGUCGACGAUUCUCUGAUUGCCAGAUGGAACUCCUACGGUCUUCCCGGCGACGAGAAGUCCGUUCAGAAUGGCAUUAUUGUUUUCGCAUGCGAUCGUUACCCUCUUCUCGUCGACCCUCAGAACCGGGGACGACGCUGGAUCCAAAAGAAGGAAGAACCCAAUGGCCUCCGAGUAACGUCAUUUCGGCACAAAUUAUUUCGUCGACGUUUGGAAGAGAGCUUGAGCGCCGGUUAUCCGCUGUUAAUAGAGGAUGUGGGAGAAGAAUUGGAUCCCGUUCUGGACGAUAUCAUCGAUAAGAAUUUCGUAAAAACGGGAACGAUGUCGAAAGUGAUGGUCGGCGACAGAGAAUGCGACGUGACAGAGGGAUUCCGCUUGUAUUUGGCCACCGGACUGCCCGAUCCCGUCUACGAUCCCGAAACCUACGCCAGAACGUGCCUUGUAGAUUUCGCCGUCACUCCCGAAGGUCUGGAAGACCAGCUUCUAUGCAGGAUCAUACUCACGGAAAAAGCAGUAAGUCAUUUAACAGAACGUGCUCAGCAAACAAUCAUUAGAUAAUCACAACACACCUUAUGUUGCCGAGAUGAUUUAUUGAA